ACACAUGAUAUUUCAACUUAUUUACAUACAAAUAAACUCACAAAACUAGAGAAAGAAAAGAUCAAGAUGGCUAAAUCAAAUUACUCGGUUAAUGUAGUGGCACUCUUACUCGUUUUCACCCUUCUUAUAAGCAUUGACAUCGUCAGAGUAAACGGUGACAAUCCUGCUGAUGAAUCCGGAACACCAGUUGAGUUUCCUCGAAAGCUAUUAGAAGCCACUCAUCAUUGUGGAUGGUGGACGCAUACUCACUUUGGUUGGAGACGAUGCUUGUCUUUCUUCGGUGAUAGAAGGUGUCGUGCAAGUUGUAGGAGUUCCGGAGCAGUCACAGGGGAGUGCAAAUGGCGUGCAAUUGGUUGCUCAUGUUACUUUGGAAGUUGCUAAUCUAAUAUGAUUUUAUAUGCCCUUAAAAAAAAGUAUGUAAUAUAGUAUGUAUUAUAUAAUAUAAAGUAUGAAUAAUUGGUGUGUUGUGCUUGUGUAUAGAGUGAGUGUGUGUGCUCCUUAAUUAUUUGUACAUGUAUAAAUAAAGAUGUAAGAUAUAUAAACAUGUGGUAUGUGUAUACUACAUAUAUAUGUCCUCCAUUGUGAAAUGAAAAAGUUGUGAGGUGAAACAA